AUGUUUUUUAAUGGUUUUAAUAAAGUAAGCUCACUUCUCGGGGUUUAUUGUUGCAAUAUACUGCUUUUACUGUUGUCUUUUUCCUGUAAAUGCUUUUUUUUUAGUAUCAUCAUAUGGAUAUUCCCAAUCAGCCGCCUGUUCCGAGUUUUCAAAAUCCAAACAGAGGAGAUAACUUUCCAGCGGGUAACUAUCAGCCUCAGCGGCCUCCAACGGCUCCUAAUGGAGGUCCGAUAAAUGCCUCAAAUGGAGCACCAAUGAAUGCUCCUAAUGGAGCUCCUCCGAAUGGUGCUCCGCCGAAUGGUGCACCGAAUAAUGGAGCUUCUGAAGACGACGAUCCAGGAUUGAAGUGUGCCAAGUUCUUCAGAACAUUAUUACACCUCUCUUUGACAAACCAGAACAAUCACAAUGCUCAGAAAGCAGCGAGUGUGCACAAGUUGGUUCAGGUAUGUUACACCUUUGAUAUUUAUUUGGUUUUUAGGUAUGGUUAUGGAAGAUGGCGAAGGAUUUUUGAAAAGAAAGGUUUUAAACCAUUUUAGCACUAUGCAAAAUAAAUUUAUUAUAUUUUUAGGAAGUUAUUGGCGGAAGAAUUCAACCGGAAGAGUUUACAUUUAACUUGCAACAAGUACUAGGAUCUCACGCUCAGCCGAGGUUGAUUCCCUUUCUGCAUGUCGCUUUACCGGCACUGCGAACGGCUUUGAUUAAUAACAGUGUUGUGAUCGAAGGGAUAAACUUGGCAGAAGUCUUCCCUCACUUGAAUCAGGGGACGUCACAGGCUUACCCACAAGCAUCGUAUAUGCAGUCAUCGUCGAAUCAAGUGCAGGCAACGGUAAGCGGUAUUACCUUUUCAGUUAUGUAAAAAAAGGCUCACUGUGUUAUAGGUUUGUUACAUUUUUACGUAUUUUUUCGGAUUUACGAGAUGUAUAGAAUGUUUGAUGACCUUUAAACACUUAUUCUUAAACUUUUAGAUAGUACAAUCUAAUCAGGUGGUACAGUCUAACCAGAUUGUGCAGUCUAAUCAGAUGGUGCAAUCUAGUCAGAUUGUACAAUCUAAUCAGGUAGUGCAGUCUAACCAGUACGGCGAAACUAGCUACAGUCACAUGAAAACAGAUAAUGGAGUUUUAUAUCAACGAAUAAACCACAGCAUGCCAGUACCUAUGGACGGCAAGAAUGGCUAUUAUAUUAAGGAUGGUAAUGGAGUAGAACAGGCUGACAGAUAUAGGCUCGUACCUGAUAAUCUACCGCACAUGCUACUUGAUCCACACGCCAUAUCGAGUCGGCUGGUCGAGCAGAUGGGAGGACAAUGCACUUCGAUAGACCCAGAAGUGUUCACUAAGAUAUCAGAAGUAGUGGAGAGCAGACUCAGGGAUCUAAUGGCACAACUCUCUUCCAUCGUAGAACAUAGGAUAGAACCGCUAAGACUAAACCCUUUGUACACACAAAUAAACGAACCCAGAAAGCAGCUGAAGUUCGUGGAAGAAGUGGAGAAACAGGCAUUCACAAGGCGGCAGAAUCUUGAGAAAGAAGCCUGGAUCAAGUUCUCCAAGAGCAAAACAAAAGAUAAAGAUACUGUACAAAAAGCUAAAGAGGUAAGUUACCGCAACAUGUCUGAGAAUUUUGUUUGAAUAGUUUCUUUAAGCAUACAAGAAGUGUUUAAAUAAGUUUUUCACAUUACUUAGAGUUUUAUUUCAUCAUUUUUUAGAUUCAACGGGCUAAUCAAGAAGAAAACUUGAAUCGAGAAGCUAAUGAAGCUGCUAUAGCAGCGUUGGUGGGGUCGAGGGGACAGAAACGUACGAUCGGGCAGACGGAUCCGUCAAGGAACGCAAUAUCAUCUGUUCAGAAUUUACAGGUAAUUUCUAAUACUGUAUUCUUCAAUAUUGUUAGUUAAAUAGUUCAAUUUAAGUUAAUUUUUGUUUGCUUUUUUAACCUUGAUCUUUGAUUAAACGAGUAGUAUAUGUUUAUACAUCUUCUUAAAACUUACCCUGUUGUAUUCAUUACUGUAAUAAUAUACAGUAUAGUACUGUUAAUUAUGUUUUUAUAAUUUAGACUCAUCGACCUCGAGUGCGUCGUGUGAUUAUGAAGGACUUUUUGUGUGCUUUAAACGGUAAAGGAGUUCAACGAAACAGCGUAGUCAAGUUCCUGGUGGCCUACGGCUUAGUCGAAAUGCCAUCGCAAAAUACGGGUGAUAUAAAUUAAUGUAUAAAGUGUACUAUAAUAUAUCAACGAGUUGUUUUCCGAGUUAAAUUAAUGGCAGUGCCAAAAUAUUUAUGGUUUAAAGGCCAACGUCAACUGUUUGUUAUAAAGUAACUUUGGCUUUACUUCCUUCCAAGUUCCUUAUCCUAGUUUAAAAUAGGAAUCAAAAACGAAAUUAAAUUGGAAUGCGGCCGAAGGAAUGCGGUUCAAAAUAGUAACAAAACUAAUAAUAACCAUCAGACGAGCGUGAUGUCACCACGUCAGGUCGUUUAAAAGGAGCUGGCUGUGCUUUAUCUUGUUAUACUUCACUUGCGAUUGUUUUUGCCCUAAGGGCUCGACACCUGUGCACACGUGUUUUUUACACGUACAGACGGUUCCAGAGUUUAAUGAGGGUGGAGGUGCUCUCUUGUUGUUAGUCGCUUUAUUAUAUACGAUGGUGGAUUUGGCUUCUCCGUCCACGGUGUUGGAUUUGGACGAGGAGAUCGCCUUCAGGUACUCGUGGCCUCUGAAGGUGUCUCAACGACUUCUACAGAGCGGAGAGAAGGCUGUCCUUCAUGUUUCUCCUUCCUUUUGUACCGCUUACAAUGGAGUCCAGAUGACAUGGCUGCUGAGACUGUACGACGACUUCAUGAUGGAUGUAGACGGAAUAGACUUUAAUGUAGAUACUCGACUUGUACAUAUUGCACUGUAUUAUAAGGAUGGGCCAGCGCGAGAUAUUGCGUUGACUAUGGGAAGGUAAUGAUAAACCACAUGUUGAACCAGUAAUUAUUUUAUAAACUUUAGGUGUUAUAUAUCAUGGUAUUGCAGGGUGUCCAUCUACGACAGUGACAACAACGCUGUCUUCACAGACUUGGAACUGGAAGGACUAGAAUAUACGAAGGGAUCAGGAUGGUCACCGUGCGCUUCUAACCAUCCUCAGCUACAAACUUUGAGUGACUUUGUCUACAAGCAAGUCAACAAGUGUCUUACUAUCAGUGUCGAGUUAAGGUAUGUUCUGUUGUUUCAAUAUCUUUCUUGUUAUGAAACUGGUUGCCAUACCUGUAAUACCAUAAUGGUACCUAACAAAAGUAAUGUCAUUUUUUUUCGUUCAGGUUGAAACUUCGAUGGUUCGAACCCUUCUCCUAUCUGUCAUCUCCCUUCAGUCCAAAUGAUGAAUUACCACAGAUGUGUCUCCAGGUGAUAAGCGAGUUAAAGAAUGGCACUCUGCUCAUCCCUGAUUUGGAGUUCUUCGACUCCAAGGUAAAGAUUGUUUAGUUUAUUAACAUUUCUUCCUAUAAUUAUAAAAUUCUUCUCGAAUGUCUACAGUAAUAUUAUUUUAGCUAGACCGCUACGCUCUUCACCGUCAUAAAUUCAUAUUCGCUUGCAGAGAAGUGGCUACACGAUCCUUGACGGACGAAGUUUCUGUUCAAAAUGUAGGUUUUUCCUUUUUGGAUUACUGUAUUUUAUCAAAAAACAGUAUUUCUGGUUACGGACUACUGUACUUUAUAUUUAUAUAUUUUUAUUUCUUAAAUAGGUAUUAUUUAGCUAAAUAUUAUAUUUAUUACUGUACUUUCAGGUGUUUUCCUCGUUUUACUUCGACCAGGUGAUUCUAGAAGAGACAGAAUCCUUCGAAGACUACGUCGACAUUCUUGUAGCCGCCAACAUUCUCCAUUUCCCUGCCCUGAAGAAGGAAUGCGAACGAUUCAUUUGUCAAGAAGUCAUGUUGGUAAGUAACUUUACCAUACUUGUUAGAAUGACCUUUGUACUUAGUUUUAUCACACUUUUGUCAUAUAGCAUUGACUUUACGAUAUAAAUUGAAUAAAAUCUUUUCAGGAAUCAGCAGACCUCAGUUUUGUCAAGAAGAUGCUGAUCCUGGCGGAACGCUACGACCUGAAGAUUCUGAAGAUGGUUGCUUUUGGAGCUGUCGUAGACAAAGUCACCAACCAUGACAAUGUUGAUGUCAUCAGGACUGAAUUACUCCACUAUGCAGAGCAAAUACAGUAAGUUUUUCACACAGAAAGUAACCUUAUAACAAAAUGUAGAGUUCUUAUCAACUCCUACUGUCCUUGUAUUCUAUUUACUAACUACUGUAACUCUUUGUAUCCUAUUUAAUGCCUACUGUAACUUCAGUCGCGGCAAAGACGAAGAUCUGAAUCCGAAAGAAGAAGAAAACGAAGAAUUCGUGGAAUCAGUGGUGGAGCAGCUGGAAGUGCUGGCCAAACACAUCAAGAAAGUGUCGAUGCAACCAGCUGAGUCGUUCCCCCAGUCUGGCAUAGGACCAGUUUGCACCAGUCCACCGCCCACAAAGUUCAGUCAAGAGCGACGGUCCAGUCUGAAGAAUUCUCGGGAGUUGAUGACGUCGAACACGAAGGAAACUGGAAGGCGACGAUCCGUUAUGUUCGCGACUCCAGGAUCCUACAACUCUGACAAUGUCAACUCGAGUACGUCUAGUUCUUGUUCCACUCCGUCGUACCGUCAAGUGCACCAUUUUGAAGAGAAGAAGGAUUCUGAAGACAAAGAAGAUCUGGUCUUCAACUUUGAGGACCUGUCUGAUCUGGAAUGGACGCUAACAUAA